CUGUGCAACACUUGGGCGACCAUGCCAGUGCCAUGGUGCAACGAGCGGCGUUGCACGUUGAUCCCGGAUGUGGCUGAGCGAGGGCUCAGGGUCAGACAGCUCUGGGAUCUCUGCAUUUUCUUGAGAAGGCUGUGCAAGACCAAGUCGCUGAGACGGGCCGGCUACGCGAAGGACUGUGGCUAUGACCAGUGGCUGGAGUGGCAGGCGCUCAACUUGUACGACAUCACAGAUGAGGUGAUCAAGAAAUACAUUCCCUACCAUGACCAAAAGUGGGGAGUGGAUGAGUCUGAUCCAAUCAUCCAGAAACGUUAUUCUUGGGCAGAGCUGGUAAGUGCAGAACCCCAACGACCACAGCUGAUGAUCAGCCACUGGUGGGGCGGUCGCUUCAGUGAUUUCAUGACGACCGUGGACACCGUGGUGUCGGAUCGCGCCUUGAGCAUUUGCACCAGUCUAUGGGUGUGCACCUUUGCCAACAACCAAUUUGGCGAGUCCUUUGGCUCCGAAAUCAUCGGCACCCCCUUCGUCCGUGCCAUCGAGAGCGCCGAAGCCACCAUUCUCAUCGUGGAUCGUGAUGCGGGGUCCCUCACGCGGAGCUGGUGUUGUUUGGAGCUGCACUGCACCAUCCUGCGAGAGAAGGAGCUCCAACUCUAUACCUCCACAGGCAUGGUGGGCUCCGCAGCCGUUUCCUCCGGCCCCUUGGUGGACGCCAUCAGCCGCUGA